CCAGUUAGUCCGUCGAACCAAGUGCCGAAAAACGAAACCCCAAACGAAAUGUUUAAGCUAACGAUGCUGAUGGGCCUGGCCCUCAUCCUGGCCCCAUCAACGAUCCAGGCCAAGUCCCUGUGCCGCAGCAGCGGCUACUUCGCCCUAGUGGAUAACACACCCGACUUCUAUGCCUGCCAGUCAACCGCCUACGGUGGCUACUCUCUGCGCUUCCUGCGCUGCCCCGCUGGUCUGGUCUUCAGCUCCUCGAUGGCCCAGUGCGUUCAGUCCAUUGCCGCUUUCGAGGCUCGUGAUGAUAGCAACAUCGAGAACCCUACCAUUCCGCCGAGCAACCUGGAUGAGAGCACCACUGAGAAACCAGCCACUGAGGCACCUGGCACAACCGAGAAAGUAACCACUGCGGCACCUGGCACCACUGAGAAAGUAACCACUGAGGCACCUGGCACCACUGAGAAAAUAACCACUGAGGCACCUGGAACCACCGAGAAAAUAACCACUGAGGCACCUGGAACCACCGAGAAAAUAACCACUGAGGCACCUGGAACCACCGAGAAAAUAACCACUGAGGCUCCUGGAACCACUGAAAAGCCCGCCACCGAUGCUCCCGGCACCACCGAAAAACCAGCCACGGAUGCACCUGGAACCACUGAGAAAUCAGAAACUACUGAUGCUCCCGGCACCACGGAUAAAUCAGAUACUGAUGCUCCCAUUACCGACGAGCCGUCAACCGCUGAGACCAGUACCGAUGAGCCCAACACCGAGACCACUGAAAGCGGCGAAGAGACCACCAUCGAGGACAAUGUGUGCGCCACCACCGGACUAUUCCCGACGGGCAGCUGCACGCACUUCAUCGUCUGCAGCUACGCCGAAGGGGACGAGCUGAAGGCCUACACGAAGAAGUGUCCUGGCGAGAUGCAGUUCGAUCCCUUCAACAGCGUUUGCUCAGCGUCUUACGACUGCACUGCAGGAAACUAAUUUUGGGAUGCCAGAGGGAAUCGAGAAUGGAUGGAUGGUGUGUCCUUUGAGUGGGCUGCAAACGAAGCGGAGUAAUAAAAGCAGUCCAAACCCAAAUUUAAUCGAGCUCUAGCUUUUAUUUACUUCAUUACUUUAAUUUUUUGUUAUUCACUAGUGAUUACCUGUUUAUUU